AUGGCGGUGUCUCCGGAGUCUCUGUCGGGACAGGACGUAGGAUCAUUUGCAUAUAUUACAAUUAAAGACAGAAUACCACAGAUUUUGACGAAGGUUAUUGAUACUUUGCAUCGACAUAAAAAUGAAUUUUUUGAGAAACAUGGAGAGGAAGGCACUGAAGCUGAAAAGAAAGCCAUCUCUCUUCUUUCUAAAUUACGAAAUGAACUGCAGACAGAUAAACCAAUUGUCCCUUUGGUGGAGAAAUUCGUUGAUACUGAUAUAUGGAAUCAGUACUUGGAGGAUCAGCAGAGUCUCCUACAUGAAAGUGACGGCGAGCUGCGGUGGUUUCACUCCCCCUGGCUGUUUGUGGAAUGCUACAUGUAUCGGAGAAUUCACGAGGCGCUGAUCCAGAGUUCACCAAUCGACUACUUUGACGUAUUUAAAGAAUCAAAAGAACAGAAUUUCUUUGAAUCUCAGGCCUCUGUCAUAGCUUUGUGCACCUACCUCCAGGAGCUGCGGAGAACUAGUGAGGAGUUGGGUGAAGAGCCGCUGAAAAAGGAAUUUCUUAAAUUUCUUCAGGUCUCUCUGUGGGGGAAUAAGUGCGAUCUGUCCCUCUCAGGUGGGGAGAGUAGUUCUCAGAAGAACAAUUUAAUGAACUUGCUGGAAGAGCUGAAGCCUUUCAUUUUGGUGGAUGACACGGAACGUCUUUGGUCAUUGCUUAACCGUCUCAGGAAAACAAGGGACAAAGCACCUGUUAGAGUGGACAUUGUCCUGGAUAAUUCUGGCUUUGAACUUAUUACAGAUUUUGUAUUAGCUGACUUCUUACUGUCCUUCAAACUGACUUCUGAGAUCCACUUUUAUGGAAAAACGAUUCCCUGGUUUGUGUCUGAUACUACUCUACAUGAUUUUAAUUGGCUCAUGGAACAAAUGAAACGUUCAAAUCAUAAGUGGAUGUCCAAGUGCGGGGUCAACUGGGAAGCGUACGUUAAGGCGGGCACGUGGGUUUACCACGAUCACAUGUUCUGGACUCUGCCCCACGAGUACUGUGCCAUGGCUCAGGUUGCACCUGACUUGUAUGCGGAGCUCCAGAAGGCAGAUUUGAUUUUAUUCAAGGGCGACUUGAAUUACAGGAAGCUGACAGGGGACAGAAAGUGGGCCUUUACCACUCCCUUUCAUCAGGCCUUGAAUGGCUUCCACCCGGCGCCUCUCUGCAGCAUAAGGACACUGAAGGCCGAGGUCCAGGUUGGUCUGCAGCCGGGCCAAGGGGAAGAGCUUGCAGCCUCGGAACCCAGCUGGCUCACCACCGGAAAGUACGGCAUCUUCCAGGCUGACGGUUCCUUUUGA